AUGCGUUUCUUACGCUCAUUAAUACCUUCAUUGGUACUCGUUGGUGCCGGAAUUGUCAAUGCUGCUUCAUCAUGGAGCUUCGAUGAGGCGAUUGUUUCUGUGAGCGGAAAGGGUGCUGCUGGGGGGUUUAAGGACAAACUAUCAGACCAUGUCCCUCUUGCAAAACCAAUAUCUCUUGGCGCGGCAGAUACUCUCAAAAUCGUCCUUACGGCUACUGAAGAUCGCACUGCCAAACGACCACAUCAAGCAUUUUUACUCCUUAGAGAUCAAGACACCGGUCUUGAGACUACCUUUCCUUUCUCCGUGAAGGAGUCUGGUAAGGGAAAGGUUGACUUUGCCCAAAAAGAUCUUCCAAUCCAACUUCUCACAAGCUCCAAACCUUUACGUGUCACUCUUGUUCUUGCAUCCUUUGGUUCUGCACAAGCAUUCAGCAACCAUGUUUUUGACCUCGCUCUCUCCCUCGAUACCAGCAAGCCAAUUCCCGCAUAUGAGAAGCCAUUGAGAUACGGGAAACUACCUGAAAUCAACCACAUCUUCCGUGCUGAUCCUCAAAGUGGACCUAAGAUAUUUUCUCUUGUCUUCUCAUUCGCAGUUCUAGCUACCAUUCCAGUGUUGUUGGUUGCUUGGGCUUACCUUGGAGCCAACCUUUCUCACCUCUCAAAAGCUACCUCCACCGCACCAAUCUCCCACGCCCUCUUUUAUGGCUCGAUCAUUGCUAUGGAAGGCAUCUUCUUCUUAUACUACUCAAGCUGGAAUCUAUUUCAGACUUUGCCCGCUGCAGGUGUUGUAGGAUUAGUCGCAUUUUUGAGCGGAAGUAAAGCGUUAUCCGAGGUGCAAAGCCGUCGAUUAGCAGGAGAGAGAUAA